AUAUAUAUAUAUAAGAUGAACAUUUAAUAACCUUCUAACCUUUCAAUUGUUUACGUAGUAAGCGUCAAAGAUGGCGAGUUAAUUGAACCUUUUCUUUCUUGUUACGUUUCUCUCGUAUAUUUUUGUAAAUAUAUUAAAUAUAAUACCGAUAAUUAGUGUAUAACAAUAAUAAUAAAAAUAAGAAGAAACAAAGGAACAAUGCUGCAAAACAGUGAAUUAAAUGCGAAUUCACCAUUACCUACUGAAAAAAUGCCAGAUUGUUGGAAUCAGGAUAAUAGAAUGAAUGCACUGUUUUCCCCAUUUCGAAGCAAAUCUGCUAAUCAACAAGACUGGAUUUCAAAAUACAAAUUUUGGAAUAAUCUUAUAUAUGUAUGGUUAAAGCAUACAAUGCAAUGUAGUUUUUCUAUUUUCGAUUUGAAUGAAAUUUUUAAACGUAAAGGAUGCAGCCCUCUGUGCCUGACAACAGUUACCCAAGAAAUGCUAAGGAAUAGAGAAAUAGUAUUGGAAGAAGAAUUCUUAAAAGAACCAAGUGAUUCCUGGACUACAUGGUCUUUGGAUGUAUUUAUUAAAAAACCGCUUACAUGGUCUUAUUACAAAAUGAAGGAUUACGUAAUAGGACAAAAUAUAGAUAUAAACACCAGAUACGUACAUUUAAAAGCAGUAAAAGAAAUAGCCGAACAAAUACUUUCUACUAUAGUCAAUGAAAAUGAUAAUAUUCUUAUUUCUAUAACUGAAAUACUUGAAAAAUGUAAAAAAGAAGAAACGUAUUCUGAUAUCAGUGAAAAUACUUUGAAGCUAGCGUUGAUUUGGCUUAAACAUCAUAAAAAAGCAGUUUUGAAAAAAAGCUCUAUCAACAAUGAAUUAUUAGUUAAAUUUUCUACACAAACUAUAUACGAAAUUUCAGAAAUAGAUGAGACAUUAUACAAGCUAUUGAAUCAAGAAAGUAAAUUUGAAAGAGAAAUUGAAUUAUUGGAGAAGGAAAAAAUUAUUAUUAUGGAUAAAGUUAAAACGUGUCUGGCAAAAGAAUUAAAACAGGUAGCAAAAACUCAUCUAAGAAAAAAGAAUGAAAUAGAAAAAACAAUCGAAAAGCGUGCGCAAAUACUUGGAAAUUUGCGUGCUCUUAUAUUAAGUAUUCAAGAUACACAUUCGAACAGUAGUGCUGUCGAUGCUUUUAAACUUGGUUCUAAUGUAUUGUCCCAAUUCGAAGAAAAGGGAUUAACAGAGUAUAAAGUCAGAGAUGUUAUGGAUGAUCUAAAUGAGGCCUUAGAAAAUUAUAAAGAUGUACAAUCUACAUUAUCAGAAAUAUUACCGAAUGCUGAUUUUGAAUCAGAUUCAGAUUUAGAAAAAGAACUUUCAGAAUUAAUGAAUAAUGAUGAUGUGCUUGAGUCAACAUCUAAUAUAAAUAAUAAAGAAGAAUUAGAUGAUAUCGAAGAACGAUUAAGGAACUUAGGUGUAGCUGGUUUACCUUCACCUCAGAAAUCUUUAAAAACAUCUACCCCUAUACAAAAGAAAAAAGUAUUGGUACAAGCUGAAAAUAUGUGAAAUAAUAUUUAAUGUGUUAUCUUAUUUUUCAAAGGAGUGUUCAUUUUAUAUUUUUAAUGUGAUUUUAAACGUGAUUUUGUUUAAUGACUAUUGUUAUAGUAUUAAGCUUUGAGAUAUAAUAAAAAAAAAAAUA